ACAAAGAUCUUGGUCGACGUAGGAGUAUCGUCCAUGCAGCACGUCGUGGGCCUGCUCCGGGACCACGCCCGGCGCCAUGGCCUCCUAAGCAAAAUGCCCAUGCUUCGGCUCGCGCCGGCGCCGAUCGAGGGCUGCGCUGGCCAGCAGAGCUCGCCUCUGUCGCGGGCCGCGGCCGCCGCUGUCCUUCUUGGCUUCGUGCACGAGUACGGCACGGCGUCGAUGGAGGCGACGCACGCGACGAUCCCGCUGUCUCUGGAGCGGCGUACGACGCGCGCUGGUGGCCAUUCGGUCCAGCUUCGGAAGCGCAACACCACGUCGGAUCUGGACUUGCUCAUUAGCUCGGCCGAAGUCCGCGGCGACCGGGCGACGAUGGAGGACGCGGUUUUUAUCUCGCCCAACAACCGGUUCGCCGCCAUCUUUGACGGGCAUGGUGGCGCCGAAGUCGCUCAGUACCUCAAGGAACGAUUGUACGCGGUCAUUGCGGAGAAGCUAGAGGUCGACGACGGCCACACGAUCGACGCUAUGGAGCGCAUUCUGCGCGACUCGUUUGCGCAGCUCGACAAGGAAAUCAUCUACAAAAAGGAGUGGCAGUACCAAGGCUCGACCGCGACCGCUGUCUUCCUCAUGGACGAUCUCAUUUGGUCCAUGAACGUCGGAGAUUGCCGCGCCGUGCUCUGCCGCAACGGCAAGGCGCUCCCACUCACGCGCGACCACAAGCCCAACGACCCGAUCGAGCAGGCGCGCGUCGAGCGCAUGGGCGGUCGCGUCGCGUGGCACGGCUUGCGCGACGCCCGGGGACAGCCCGUUCCCGACAUGGGCGCGUACCGCAUCAACUCGAACUUGGCGGUCGCCCGGGCUUUCGGCGAUCGCGACCAGCGCCCGUAUGUCACGGCCGAGAUGGAGCUCAAGUGCUUUCGGCGGGAUCCAGGUGACAAAUUUGUCAUCGUUGCCUCGGACGGUCUCUGGGACGUCUUUACGAGCGCCGAGGUGGUGACGUUUGUGUUGGACGUUCUCGCGGGCGAGGUCGGCGGCCGCGAGUCGUGGCGUAGCGGCAGCCACGCCGAGACAAGCAUCGAGCUCUUUGAGUGGAAGCAAAAGUACCGUAAUGACACGAGCAUGAUCCAAGCGUCGCGCGCGCGGCGCAAGGCGCAGAUGGCCACGUAUUUAAUCCAAGAGGCCUUGUACCGCGGCACGGUCGACAACGUGUCCGUCGCUGUUGUUUGGCUCGAUACGAGUAGGCCGACGCCGACCAAGCCCGAGCUGCCGUGAGCUUGAGCGCUUUGGAUAACGUAAAAAUCCAUCAAAAACCUCUUGCGACGUCGG